UGUUGCGGCAGUGGUGAGGGAUGCGAGGCGAGGCUGAAGUUGGUACAAUGUACGGCUCAGUGCUGGAAUGCGUGGCAGAGUGAACAACAAAUAGCUGGACUGGACUCUACAUAGCCAUCCAACUCGACUUCCAGUUUUGCAUUUCUUCAUUAAAAACAAAAGGAACACAGAAAAGAUCCAAAACGCAUUCUGCCGCCGGAAUGAGGGUGGGGGCGGAUGUGGUCUACGAUGGCCACGACUAUGGCAGUGAUGAUGCCAUGGGCAGUCCCCUGGACUGGCCAUUUCUGAUAAAGGGCAUCUUGGAGAACCAGACAUGUACCCCAACCGCACCGGAUACCCUGGCAGCCAUACUUUGGGCCAUAUUCGCGGUUUUCGGUAUCGUUUACGCCCUGCUCGGCUACCGCUGCCUUCGGGCAGUGGGCUUCCUAAGCGGACUAAUGGUGGGUGCCAAUGGGAUAUUCAUACUCCAGGACUUCCAGAUCACAUUCCUCGGCAAGCCGGCAGACUCGGCAUUGGCCAUUGUGGCCGGACUGCUGGGCGCCGUACUCGGCUCCACAUAUCCGGUUGCCUCGGUACUGAUCAGUGCCUUUGCCGGAGCCCUUUUGUCCGGUGCCGCAAUGGCCGUUUGUGUGGCCACAAUGCCGGACAACGAAUUUGGGUACCGUGAAAUAUAUGUGGCCGUGGUGGGUGGCGCUGUCAUCUGCUCGGUGCUCACUCUGUGCUGUGUCAAAUACGUUACUAUACUCACCUCCAGCAUUGUGGGCACGGCCAUGAUCAUUGGAGCCAUCGACUUCUUCAUGCACGGCCUGGAGACGAUAAACUGGAUACUCAACAUGAGGCCGCAUCCGUUGCCGCCGCCGUGCUAUGGCGGCCUCCUGAUUGCCGCCUGGCCCGUGACCAUCGUGCUCAGCAUCAUGGUGCAGUGCUUCAUAACUGCCUGGCGGGUGGAUCAUCGCAAGCGUGUAUACAUGCGGCACCACAAUCAUCCCAACCAUCCCCAUGCUACGCACUUGCCGCACAGCCAGCAGCAGGCCGGACCGGGCCACGCCCAUGCACCCGUAAGGCGCUCACAAUCGCGCACUCGCGAGACACGCGAGGAGGCCAGACAGCGCAAGUUCCGCUACCUGUACCAGGUGCGAACGGCACGGGGCGACAUCAUAUCACAGAACUUUGUGUCAGCCCUGCAGAAGCGCAUUCAGCUAAGUGGCACAGAUACGCCAUCGGAGCGGUCGAUCAAGACCAGCUCGAACGAGCGGAACACCUUCAGAAGCGACCGCACCCACUUCACCACCAUCCACGACCCGGACUCGGAGCUGUGCGAUAAGAUCGAAAUUGUCCGUGACAUUGGAUAACAAACAAGCAAUAGCUACAUGUAACUAUACCCGUAAGGGGGGACUACGGGACUACUGUGGUACUCUGAAAAGGUUCGGACACGGGUCGGGGGAUAUAUCGACGGGGAUCGGCGGAGCGAGCGAGCGAAUUGAGAUCUAGCUGGAACAGCUGGAGAGUACGGUACACAGAAGUGCGGUUACAUGUUGAGGCUAUAUUUCGGGCGCAAAAUGCCUUACACUUGGACACGGAUAUGGAAGCACAAGCCAGAAUGGAGUUGUUGUAGAGGCUCCAUGAAUACACAUGGAAUAUAAACUGAUCUUAAAGAAUUUUGAAAUGGUGAACAAUGGCAGUUCAGAGCAGAGAUGGGGGAGAGAGAACCCAUAACCCUAAACGUACUCCUCUUAUUCGUGCACAGCUAGAAUUUAAGCCCAAAAUCCAUACGAUAAGUCUCAAAUGAGUCGAAACACUUAAUGAAAUGUUACAACGGAACAUAUAUCUGUGGCAUGUAUGUAAUUCGAUUGAAAUGAAUGAGGAAGGAACGCAUUUAGUGUCUGCAAUAAGUUGACUUCUGCGGCGAGUGAUGAGUGUGAUUCACGAUGAGUCAUAGGUAUUUCGUAUUCCUGGAACUAAAACUAACUUAACUAAAAACCAAAACAAAAACUAGUUACGCUUCUCCUUCUUCAAAUAUCGCAAUUUACUAUUCAGUUAAUAUCUGUGUUAAUAUUUAUACGAUACGAUAAACCGAGUUACGAGUUGGAGAUAUUUAUAU